GACCAGCUGAGAACUAGCCCCUAUUUUCAGUUCUGCCCCCCCUUUUUUUUCUUACCCCUAUUAGCCUGUUGUUUAUUUGUACAUGAUCAUCCUGGCCUAAUAAUAAGCAGACGAGUACCGGGACAGAUUCGAGCUGGUGUAAUUCAAAGCCCGAAAAUUACAACGGAGCAACUGCAUAUUCCAUGAGUGGUCUAAGUGCAAGUGUGAGCGGCAACACGGUAGCCUGCAAAAUUAACUCUGUGAUUCUUCAGAAGCCCGCUUAACUACCUAGCUGGAACUUGAUAGUUGCAUGAGGGCACCAGGCAGCUAGAUACGCAGCACAAGGGUGCAUAAAAGUGCAUAAAGGUGCAUAAAGAGGUGCAGGUGGUCAGUGCGUUAGAAAGGGAGUUGCUGUGUGUGCAACGUCCAAGUAGAACAAUCCCUUGAUAGUGUAAAUUGUAAUUCUCCCGACAAACACGACUUCCACACAUAGUAAAUUCUUACAAGUUCAUGGUUGCUUUAUAAUAGGUUAAAAAUAUGCCAUUCGGAGGCAGGAUGGCCACCUACAUGAACUAUCAUCAAUUCCAUUUACACUUUUAAAACUUCGUUGAAUCUAUCACAGCAAUGCCAAAUACGUACCAAAGUCUUGGUGACGGCUUCGAUACCCAGCAUGAUGGCACCGAACAUUUAGCCGUCAACAACACGCUGUACCGGCGCCUGUCAACCCUUCUCUCCCUAAAGCUUAAUCGAUGGCUUCGAAUUUACAAGCCUUUCUGUUAUUGUCAUCCAAUCUCUAAAAACGUCAUCGUCAAGUGGGGACCCUUUGUCCAUCUAACAGAAGCCGCCACUAUGACAUUCGUCGCUAAAAACACGUCUAUCCCCGUUCCGCGCGUGCACUGUUCUUUUAUCCACAGGAACAUGGCAUACAUCGUCAUGGAACGCAUCGAAGGGGAUAACCUUUGCACUAUUUGGAAGACAUUAUCCAUAGAGGACUUGGAAAUCAUCCGUUCCCAACUACAGCGCAUGCUACAGGAGCUACGAGCAGUAAAACCGCCUUCUGGUACGGGAGUUGAAAGUUUGGUUGGCGGCUCACUACACGACCCACGAAUGUCCCGGUCAUCUCCAAGGUUCGGGCCGUUCAAGACGAUUCAAGACUUUCACUGCUGGCUCCGCGGGGGGUUGGAAGUAGAAGACUUCCCUAAUGGCUUUCCUAACCCUCAAACUGACCACGAUUGGGAUGAUUUCCAGGAAUUGGUGAUGAAGCAGAAACGGCCUUGGCCAGCCCCUGUACUUACUCAUGGAGACCUCAAUGCCUCUAAUAUCAUAGUUCGUGGUAAUCAGGUCGUUGGUAUCAUUGACUGGGAAACUGCAGGAUGGUAUCCCCCUUACUGGGAAUAUACCUCGGCGUGCUAUUUACCUAUGCAAGAUUGGAGAGAUUUUGUUCCUACAUUCCUUGAACCAUACCCCGAGGAGUUUAGGAUGGAAACCUUACGACAAAGAUGGUGGGGUGAAAUAUGACAGACAACUCGCAUAUGGUACCUAAUAAGAAUCCCCACAAGCGAUGCGAUGCACUUUUGCAUCAAUUAAUUAUC